GGAGCGGGGCCUGCUUCCUUCAGGUGCAGCAGGGCCCAAACCCCACCGGGCUUGGACCGCUCCUGCCCGGGACCCCUUAGAGGACACGGCACCAGCCCCCGAGCCGCGCUCGCUCCCCGGGCCCGGGAUCCCCCGGGACCCGCCCCGGGCCCGAGGUCGGGCCCGCCAUGGCCACCGCCUCCCCUGGCCGUUACCGCGGCAACAGCGCCGCUCUCGCGAGAGCGCCCGCCGGAAGUCACGCGCGGAGCGUGAGUGGGGCGGGCACGUGACACGGGCGCGGGGAUUGCGAACGGCGGAGCCGGAGGCACUGACAGGACCAUGCCCAGGAUCACUCUGAACGGCAUCACAGUGGAUUUCCCCUUCCAGCCCUACCCAUGCCAGGAAGCCUACAUGGCCAAGGUGCUGGAGUGCCUGCAGAAGAAGGUGAAUGGCAUUUUGGAGAGCCCCACAGGCACGGGGAAGACCCUCUGCCUGCUGUGUUCUACCCUGGCUUGGCGGGAGCACUUCAAGGACACCAUCUCAGCCCGGAAAAUCGCUCAGCGUCUGCACGGGGUGGAGCUGUUUCCCGACAGACCCCUGUCCUCCUGGGGCACUGCUGCCACGGAUGGUGAUGUCCCGACUUAUUACACUGACAUUCCGAAAAUAAUUUAUGCCUCCAGAACUCACUCCCAACUUACACAAGUCAUUAACGAGUUGAAGAACACAGUCUACAGGCCAAAGAUAUGUGUGUUGGGAUCCAGAGAGCAGCUUUGCAUCAAUCCUGAAGUGAAGAGACAGGAGAACAACCACAUGCAGAUCUACAUGUGCCGAAAGAAAGUGAUGGUUCGUGCUUGUCACUUCUAUAACAAUGUGGAAGAAAAGAGUACAGAGAAAGAACUGAUUGAACCAAUCAUGGAUAUUGAAGACUUGGUUAAAAAUGGAAACAAGCACAGAGCUUGUCCUUAUUAUCUCUCUCGAAGCCUGAAGCAGCAAGCAGACAUUAUUUUUAUGCCUUACAACUAUUUGCUAGACUCAAAGAGUCGGAAAGCUCACAACUUAGACCUGAAGGGGACUGUGGUAAUACUUGAUGAAGCUCACAAUGUGGAGAGGUUGUGUGAGGAGUCCUCUUCCUUUGACCUGACUCCCUAUGAUUUGGCUUCGGCGAUGGACGUGAUAAACGUCGUCCUGGAGGAACAAGCCAAAGUCGUUCAACAGAAUGAAAUCAAUGCUGAAUUCAACAUGGAGCUGGCCAGUUCAGGACUGAACAUGGAACUCGAAGAUAUAGCAAAGAUCAAGAAAAUUCUUCUUCAACUAGAAAGUGCUAUUGAUGCAGUGGAGCUGCCACUGAAUGGUAAUGGAGUCACCAAAGAGGGAAGCUACAUCUUUGAUCUGUUUGCAGAGGCUCAAAUAACAUUCCAGACCAAAUCCUCCCUCUUGGAGUCACUGGAGCAAAUUUUACAGUAUCUUUCAGGCCGUACUGGGAUAUUUAUCAAUACAUCUGGAUUGCAUAAACUCUCAGAUAUUAUCCAGACAGUGUUCAACAUCGAUCCCCCAGAAGGCAGCACAACAGGUUUCCUUCCACAUCAGGCAAUAUCUAAAUAUUACAAGGUACAUAUUCAUGUGGAUAACAGUAAUCAGAAAAAGAAACAAAGGACAGAUCUCUGGAAUUCAUCAUCUUCAACAAAACAAGGAAAGACUUUAAGCUAUUGGUGUUUCAGCCCUGGCUACAGCAUGCACGAGCUCGUUCGACAGGGAGUCAGGACAAUUAUCCUCACAAGUGGGACUCUCUCCCCCCUCUCAUCAUUUACAAUGGAAAUGCAGAUCCCUUUUUCUGUUUGCUUGGAGAAUCCUCAUGUUAUCGAUAAACACCAGCUCUGGGUUGGGAUCAUUCCAAAAGGACCUGAUGGAACUGUGCUUACUUCCACCUAUGAAAGAAGGUUUUCAGAGGAUUAUUUGUCUUCUUUGGGAAAAACAAUUGGUAACAUUGUGCGAGUUGUACCACAUGGGCUGUUGGUGUUCUUCCCAUCAUAUCCUGUCAUGGAUAAGAGCCUGGAAUACUGGAGAGAGCAUGAUUUUGCUAAAAGAAUAGAAGAAGUGAAGCCAAUGUUUGUGGAACCCAGGAGCAAAGGAAGCUUUUCAGAGGUGAUUGAUGCCUAUUAUGAUAAAGUCAUCUGUCCUAAGUCCAAUGGAGCUGCAUUUUUGGCAGUGUGUCGGGGGAAGGCCAGUGAAGGCUUGGACUUUGCAGAUGCAAAUGGACGAGGAGUCGUCAUUACUGGGCUUCCAUUUCCCCCUCGUAUGGAGCCCAGAGUCAUUUUGAAGAUGCAGUUUCUGGAUGAAAUGAAGAGAAGUGGUGCAGGUGCACGGUACCUGUCUGGGCGUGAGUGGUACAGUCAGCAAGCGUCCCGGGCUGUCAACCAGGCGAUCGGCCGGGUCAUCAGGCACCGCCAGGACUAUGGUGCCAUCUUCCUGUGUGACCAGAGGUUCACAACUGGUGAUGUAAGAGGCAAACUGCCCUCGUGGGUCCGUCCUUACGUGAGUGUUUAUGACAACUUUGGCCACGCAGUCAGAAGUGUCUCCCACUUCUUCCGCGUUGCUCAAGAAAUUAUGCCCCCACCCCUGCCCCAGUGCCCUCCUGGCCACGCUGGUUCCCUAAGUGACAACAGUUCAGCACCAUCUACUUCAUCUGAGCAGAUCCCCUCCGUCAAAAAAGCGAAAAACUUGGACGACCAUGUCCCCAGUUUGAAGAGGAAAAGGAAAGUAAAUGGAGAGGGAGCAUCCAGCCUGUGUGUGGAAUAUGAACAAGAGUUUGUCUCGCCCAGAAGACGGUGUGUUGGGCUCCUGGAUGCCCUGGAGCGCAGUGAGAAGAGCAGUGAAGAUGCAGAGGAGGAACCUGACUUGCCAGGAGAGGAAAAGGCACAUCGUCUGUCUACACUUUCCCUUCAGUAUGAGAAGAAGUUAACAGAUGAGCAGAAAGGAGGAAGGAAGAAAAUAAAGCUAGUCAGCAAUACACAGGCCUUUAGGAAAGCUGAGCUACCAGAGCCAAAGAAGGCCCGAGCCACCUCGUACAUCGGCACACUGAAGGAGACCCUGAGCCAGCAGAACUAUGAGCUCUUCUCUAAGGCUCUGCAGCAGUACAAGAAGACAAAUGACUUCCAUACCAUGUUAUCCGAAAUGAGCUCCCUCUUCAUAGAGGAUGAGAAAAAGCACAUCUUGUUACGAGAAUUUUACCAGUUUGUUCGACCUCAGCAUAAAAAGCAGUUUGAUGAAGCGUGCUGCAGCCUGACUGGAGUGGGCUGUGGCUACAAACCUGAGCACAGCCUCCUGCUGGAGGAGGGGGAGAUCCUGGCCAAGAGAGCAGCAGAAUCAAAACAGAGUCAGCAGAAAAGUGCAUUCUCCAAGGCCUCACGUGCUCAGCUGAACCCUGGGCUCCACCUGAACCAGGGAGGAUUCCACUUGGCAACACGACUGAAUAGUGCAGGGCGGAAUGCCAGUGGAGCUCCAAGGAAAGAGACUGAAAGGCCUGCAGGCUCCAGGAAAGACCAUCACCAGGCCCUCAGGACUGCCUAUCUCAGGGAUGUGCAAAGGGCUCUGGGCAAAAGCACUUACAGCCAGUUCCACAAAGCGUUGCUGGCUUACAAGAAGACGGAUAAUUAUGACGCGAUGAUCUCGGUGAUCGCAGCCCUCACCACGGAGAGACCACAGGACUUUCAUCUCCUACAAAGGUUUUGCAUGUUUGUGCGUCCUCACCACAAAGAGCAGUUCAAAGAGAUGUGUGAGAGUUUGACUGGAAUGGUCUGUGGUGAGGGGAAGAAGCAACUGCAGCAGCCAGUGCAAAGUGAAGGGAAACCCCUGAGCUUGGAGAGCUGGUGCACGAGAGGAAACAGCCACAUACAAGAUGCUUCCACUUCUAAGAUUGACGUGCCAGUGCAAAUUCAGAGUAAGAUUUCCUCGUUUCGCUUCAGCCAGAAAAAUGAACUUGAGCUGCCAAAGACUGAAGUAUCCAAAGGAACCGGUAACGUGAGGGCACCCACAGACUCUGGAGUGGUGCCCAUCUUUCCCCUGGAUAUGGAACCAGAGUUUGGAAGAUUCUACUGCUCUCACUGCAAAUCUGAGGAUGAUGUGCCCUUUAAAUGUCCAUUAUGUGACUUCACUUGCUGCAAAACAUGCUGGGAGCAGUUCUUAAAGGUUCUCUUGUUUACUGGUCUGAUUUUUCCUGAAACUGCUGGAGAAUUUUGUGCUUUUCAUGAGAACCAUGUGAACAAGCCUAGAAACAGAAUUUUGCUGUUUACAGAAAGAACACCCAAAUCCCGAUGGAAGAUUUAUCCCCUGUUUCCUUAUUUUCUGUGUUUUACGAUGUGAUUGGAAGCAGACCUCUGCUUUAAGCUGGGGAUUUUACACAUUUGCAUCUUUCUGAGCUGCCUCCACGUGUUUUCCUGUCUAAAACUACAAAGGCAACAAGCUGUGGAGUCAGCUUGAAAAAAAUGUGUCGGUUUUUUCAUGUGUUAACCGUUAUUUUAAAUUUUUUUCUGAAUUAUUUUCACCAUUUUCCCCAUCAAAAUCCUACUGUAAAGCACUAUCAUGAGAUGAGGGAAAUCAGGAACAGGCUUCCCAGGGAGGUGGUUGACUCACCAUCCCUGAGGGGAUUCAAGACGUGGCACCAAAGGACGUGGUUUAACGGUGGCUUUGGCAACGCUGGGUCAGGCAUUGGACGUGACAAUCUUAAAGGGUCUUUCCCAGGCAAAUGAUUCCAUGAAUCUGUGGUUCUAAAUUCCCGCUCAAGUGUCUCCUGUGUCAUCCUGUCUGUUGGUUUUCCCAUCUGAGUAAGUUGGUGGUUGAAAUUCUUUGGGCAAGAGGAUGUAGCUGGUCCCGUGGUGCAUGUGUUCGGGAGCAUCUUACUCAACAUUUGACGUGGCAGCCAGGGGUUAAUAAUCUGGGUUUGGAAGUCUGCUACAAGAGCUGAGGGGUUGCUGAACAUUCAGUAGGCCUUGCUGAUGAAUAUUUAAUUUUUCCAUUUUUGCCAAAGUGUAAUGGGGAUGAAUAUCUGACAGGCAGAAUCCUCUGCUGCAGAAAGGGCCCCAACAAAGUGACAACAAGAAUUUUACUAGUGUGUGUUUAUAUUCUCUGCUGCUUGAGAUUUGAGUUGAUUAAGGACAGAAUGAGCUCCCUAGGGAGUUAUUUUUAGCAUUUUAGCAUCCCACAGUGUAGUUAUGUUGUCUCAGCCCAUUAAUUUUGACCUUAUAAAUAUCUGGGGAAAACCUCAUUCCUUUUACCAGUAAGAUGGAACUUGUAGUUGUUAUUUCAUCAGUUUAAGAAUCCACAGGAUUAGAACUAUUGUAUAUUGAGCAAUUGUACCACCCUCUUCUGUGGUUCUCAUCUUGAAAUUGGUCAUUUUGAGGUCUGGAUUUCUUCUUAAUCCUCAAGUGAAUGGGUGUUUUCAUAGCUCAUAGAUAAAUGACAACCUGCUCAGCCUAAUUUUUUUUAAUGACUCUUUUAUCUGACUGACAUGUCCUAGACCAGAGAUUAGAGUAGUUUGACCUACUAGAUUAGAUUGUGUUUCAGACUCGGGUACUUGAGAGCAUCCAGAGGAGGCAGCCAAGGUGGGAAAGGACUGGAAGGCACCUUCUAGGAGGGAUGGCCGAGGACUCUGGGCUUGUCUAGUUUGGAGAAAGGAGACUGAGAGAUGAGCUCAUGGAUCUCUGCAGCUUCCCAAGGAGGGGACGUGGAGAGGGAGGUGCUGAGCUCUUCUCCCUGGGAUCAGUGUCAGGAUGCAUGGGAAUGGUUCAAAGCUCUAUCAGGGAGAUUCAGACUGGAUAUUAGGAAAGAUUCUUUACCAAGAGGGUGAUCAAACACUGGAAGAAGCUUCCUAGAGAGGUGGUCAUUUCCCCAGUGCCCUUUAUGGUUUAACUUCUGUUGGACCCUGCAGUGGUCAGGCAGUUGGACUAGGGGAUCACUGUAGGUCCCUUCCAACUGGAAGUGUUCCUUCUCUUCUAUCCAGAUAUCCAGUGCAAAGUCAUGUUUGAGGAAACGAGUCAUUCCCUGUGUGUCAUUUAUUAUUAAUGAUUUCAAUCUUUGCCACUUACCUGAAUAAUCUUACUUAUGACAUACCUUUUUGGCUGUCUGUGUAGAGGAGUCUUAAGUGGCUCAUGAUGUGAUUCAAGUGUCAUUUGGCUAAUGAAAAGUCAAAUAAGAGGGUCAUAGAAUGGUUAAUGUUGGAAGAGACCUUUAAGAUCAAGUUCAACCAUCACCAUUACUGUGUUCACCAUUGAACCAUGUCCUGGGGUGCCACAUCCACAUGACUUUUGAACAUUGCCAGGGAUGGUGACCCCAUCACUUCCCCGGGCAGCCUGUUCCAGUGCUUUCCAACCCUUUCCACAGAGAAAUUCUCCCUAAUAUCUAAACCUGUUGUAGAUUAGGAUAUUACUUGGACUGAUGCAGAAAUGGUUCUCCCAGUGCUGAGUCAGAACUGUUCUCUGCUGAUCAUGGAGCUGAGAAGGAAGCACAGCCUCCUGGGAGAGCACAGGAUUGCAAACAGGAAGACUAUUCUGUGUUUCUCUGAAACCAGUCCCAGAGGAGCCACCUCCUAACACAUCCAUUCUUUGGGAGGUCAAACAGGCAAUUGGCUCCAUCCGUGACAGGGGUGUGUUUGGGACAGAGUUACCUUUACCAGCAGGAAAUGAGCAACCACGUCUGAGCUCUGAGCUCCCAUCAGAUGGCAUUAAGCUUUGUCAGCUCUGACUGGGCUGUGUUUGAAACUCCUUUUUGCUUUGCUAACAACUUACUCACUGUUUUUUCAGCUCAAAAGUCCCUUGGUGCGGAUUGUCCCCCGAGGAAGUGACUAACAGCCUCAUUCACAAUGCAGGGUUUGCAAAUUGUGAUCUUUUCCAGUUUGUUGUUGUAGUGAAAUACUGGUGGGGAGAGGCGGUGAAUGGUUUUGGAAGCUUUUAGAAGCUUUUGGAGGAGCAGUCAGAAUUCCCUGCAGCUGCAGGGGUAUUAGGGGGAUUAGUGCUGGAGCAUGUUGGGUGAUUCACUGUGCUGGGGAAACCUUGCAGAAACUGGGCCAGGGCACGCUGCUUUGGGGUGUAGCUUUUUCUCCAGAGCACUGUUGCUGCUUUCCAGUGUUUAAGUGCAUCAUUUAUUCAAGCAGUUCUUCCAGAGAAAAUGAGUUUUUCUCAUUUAGACUAUCUGCAAUAUAAGCCAAUAAUACCAAAUUUCACAGUUAUAUUUUACACUUAAAACUGUCUUUGGCAAAUCACUGUCUGCUGGGAGGUAAAGUGAGUUUUUCUCUCCCCAUCCAUUUAUGGUAUUUAAAUUCAUGUUUCUAGAACCAAAAUCCUACUGCUAGAGCCUACCUUGCAGUCUGCACCCUUUCUUGCAAUGACUUCACACUGACACGGCAGGGUUAGAUUGGAUAUUAGGAAGAAAUUCUUCCCUGGGGGGAGGCCCUGGCACAGGUUUCCCAGAGAAGC